CAAACUCGUUUCAUUUCAACUACUUGUCAUUUGUUUCCUUAUUUCUUCCAGUAGUAGAUGUCUAAUAUAUGUAGGCAUGUCAUAGAUUUGAUUGGAAAGUCCAGUUCAGAGGCUGAUACCUGCACGAUCCCUUCCUCCCAUUCAUGAUGUAUCUGCAUCGAGCAGGAGGACAUGGCACCUACAACAGAGAUCUGAAGCAAUGGAUAAUUACCGUUCUUACAGUACUCGCCCUGAUGAUGGUGGCAGUGACCAUUGGACUUCUGGCUCAUGUCUUAGUCUCUGGCCAGAAAAUGGAAUACUAUCAAGGGACCUUUGCAAUUUCAGAUAUUCAAGUCAUUAGCAAUUCAGGACCAAAGAGCUCAAAUCAACUGAAGGACUUACAGGAGAUGAAUGAAAAUUUGGUAGAUGAAAUACUUAUAGAUUCAGCCUUGAACAAGCGCUAUAUCAAAAACCACAGAGUCAAACAAAUUCCAGAAGAAGAUGAUGUGAAAGCAGACAUCAUUAUGGUGCUCCAGUCCCCCUCUACUGGGCAAAGGACUGUGGGAGAAAAGAAGAAGCAUAGCACCUUAAAUCAGAAGAUAAGGAAUACAAGAGCUUUGCCAGCUGAUGUCACGGUAGUUCAAGUAAAUGAUUGUGGCAAGCGAGCUAUCCCACUAAUUGCCAACAGAAUAGUAUCUGGAAACCUUGCAGCUAGGGGUGCCUGGCCUUGGCAAGUUUCUCUUCAGCGCAGCAACAUCCAUCAGUGUGGGGGCACUUUGAUUGGCAACAUGUGGGUGGUCACUGCAGCACACUGUUUUAGAACUAAUGCGAACCCACGCCAAUGGACUCUAAGUUUUGGAACAACAAUAAACCCUCCCUUAAUGAAAAGGGACGUCCGAAGAAUUAUUAUGCAUGAGAGGUACCGCCCCCCAGCCAGAGACCAUGACAUCGCCCUUGUGCAGUUUUCUCCAAGAGUCACCUUUUCAGACGACGUACGCCGAAUUUGUUUGCCAGAACCCUCUGCAUCCUUCCCGCAAAAUUCGACUGUCUACAUCACAGGAUUUGGAGCACUCUACUACAGUGGGGAAUCUCAAAAUGAGCUCCGAGAAGCCAGAGUACAGAUUAUAAGCAACAACAUCUGCAAGCAACCACAGGUGUAUGGCAAUGACAUAAAGCGUGGGAUGUUCUGUGCUGGCUAUCUGGAAGGAAUUUAUGAUGCCUGCAGGGGUGAUUCUGGGGGACCAUUAGUUGUAAGAGACAAUAAAGACACCUGGUAUCUCCUUGGAAUUGUGAGCUGGGGAGAUAAUUGUGGACAAAAGAACAAACCUGGAGUCUACACACAAGUGACUUAUUACCGGCGCUGGAUUGCUUCAAAAACGGGUCUCUAACUUGCUACAGAUACUAAACAAAACAGUAGUAUGCAGGCCAUAUGUAUAUAAGAAUUCAGACAUUCAUCUGGUGGCAUCAGUACAAUGAAGUGAGAUUAAAUAGCUGGACAUAACAAUA